AUGCUUUCCCAGAGGAUGUUGUAUAAUCUUGAAGCCAGACUUCAUUUCGUCGUCAAGGGAGUAGGUUGUGUCCAGGUUGUGUCCAGGUUGUGUCCAGGUUGUGGCCAGGUUGUGGCCAACGCAUUUCCACGAAAGUCUUCUCUUGCCCAAGUCCCUCAAGCAGUGCAGGCAACUGGCCAAGGUCACACUUGCAACGUACUUAAAGCACUGCAUUGCGCUGCAACCGCCAGUUUUCAUUGGCAGGCGAAGCAGAACAUUUCUGCCAUGUACGAGUAUCAGGCAGGUGUUCAAACGGCGGGGGUGACGGUGGAGCAGUUGGACUUCCCGACCCUGGUGCUGGGCGAAGGACCCUACUGGAUCGAGAGCCUCCAGGCCCUCAUGCUCGCCGACGUCUACAGCAACAUCCUCAGGAGGCGCUUCUACCCCUCCGGCAGACACCAGGUCCUCCACCUUGACUCCACUGGCGACCCCCUGGAUGUGAUAACGGCUGCGAUCCCAGUGGAAGGCGAACGGGAUGUAUUUGUGGGCGUGGAAGGGAAACAUAUCUCGUUCCUGCAUUGGGCGCCCUAUGAUCCCGACGACCACAAUACGACCACGGCGAUCAUCCACACGACUAAGGACUAUGCCUUCAACGACGCCAAGUGCGACCCUCAAGGCAGACUCUGGGCAGGCACGGUAGCACCUUUGGACGAAAAUGUGCAGGUGACGGAAGUCAACACUUCGGGUCUGUACAGGAUGGACGGCAAACUUGAAGUCACUAAGUGGGCUACAGCGUCCCUGUCAAACGGCAUGGACUGGAGUGUGGACAGGAAGCACUUCUAUUACGUGGACUCUCACACUCGCACCAUCGACGCCUUCGACUACAACGACAGGUCCGGAGCCAUCAGCAACCGCCGCGUGAUCCUGGACUUCAACAAGGCCGGCCUGAGGGACCAGUUCCCGGAUGGAAUGGCGAUCGACGUCGACGGGAACCUGUGGGUGGCAUCCUUCGGCGGACAUCAGGUCAUCUGCGUGAACCCCCGCACCGGCAGGAUCCUCCGCCGGGUCAACAUCCCUGCCAAGAACGUGAGCUCGGUGUGCUGGGGGGGACCCGACUACUCCACCCUCUUCGUGACCUCCGGGACCCUCGGGAUGACCCCGGAGGAGAUCGCGGCCAGCCCUUCGUCGGGAGGAACCUUUGCCGUGACGGGUCUUGGCACCAAAGGCCUCCCCGCUGCUCAGUUCAGGGUCAACUUCCUGCAGCUGCAAGCACAGCAGCAGGUGGCUGUAAGAAGGAGACAGGGGUAGGCGCUGCGGUGGUAGGAAUGUGCUUCCAUUUAUGUCUAAAAUGCAGAGAAUUAUUUGUAUCAAAUUAUUUGAAUUUGAAAAGUAAAAUAUUCAGAAUAA